GUGCAGUGGGGUGAUCCCUCAAUGGUGGCAGCGGAGAGACGCCUCCUGGCGAACGCACUUCUUGAUCCGGCCAACAAGCGCUUCCUCAUUGUCUCUGAGUCCUGCAUGCCUCUACACGACUUCCCUUUCACCUAUCGCUACUUGAUGGCGGAAAACCAGAGCCUGCUGCACAGUGCGUGCAACAACGAUUGGAACUGCAUGGGGCACUACAGCAGUCGCAUGCAGCCGCAUGUGCAAAGGAACCAGUGGACCAAGGGCUCUCAGUGGUGGGCGCUGACAUGGUACCACGCCUUCCUUGCUGCCACGGACGCAACCAUCUACCCCACCCUCGCCAGAUGGUGCAAGGGUGACAACUGGCAUAGGCACUGUUAUUUGGAUGAGCAUUAUUUUCAAACAUUACUCAAG